UGUUGGCAGACAGCAGCAGCGAUGGCAACACUCUACCCCUCCCUGGAGGACAUGAAGGGCCACCAGGUCCUGCAGGCACAGGCAGCAGCUGGGGUGAGGACCCCUGCCACCACAGUGGUCACAGAGAAACCAAAGCUCACCUCAGGCACUGAGCCACCUGUGCUGUACCCCAACCUAGCCGAGCUGGAGAACUACAUGGGGCUGGCCCUCUCCAGCGAGGAGAUCCAGAAGAACCUGCACACGGAGGACAGCACCGCACUGACCCCCGCUGGGCCCUCCCCAGGCCAGCUGGUCGCCCCCCUGAGCGGGAACAGCGCGGGGCUGCGGCGGGCAGAGAUCAAGCCGGGUGUGCGGGAGAUCCACCUGUGCAAGGACGAGCGGGGCAAGACGGGGCUGCAGCUGAAGAACAUCGACCAGGGCAUCUUCGUGCAGCUGGUGAAGGCCAACUCACCAGCAGCGCUGGUGGGGCUGCGCUUUGGGGACCAGGUGCUGCAGAUCGACGGCAAGAACUGCGCAGGCUGGAGCAGUGACAAGGCACAGCGCGCGCUGAAGAAGGCGAACCCUGAAAAAAUCGUCAUGGUGGUGCGGGACAGGCCUUUCCAGCGCACCGUGACCGUGCACAAGGACAGCACUGGCCACAUCGGCAUUGUGGUGAAGAAGGGGAAGAUCGUGUCGCUGGCCAAGGACAGCUCGGCCGCCCGCAACGGGCUCCUCACCCACCACUGCAUCUGCGAGGUGAACGGCCAGAACGUCAUCGGCAUGAAGGAUAAGCAGCUCAUGGAGGUGCUGGCAGGGGCUGGGAACGUGGUGACACUGACCAUCAUCCCCACUGUGAUCUACGAGCACAUGGUCAAACGGCUCUCAUCAGGGCUGGUGAAGUCGUCCAUGGACCAUUCCAUCCCUGACCUGUGACACCAUCACUGCUGUUCUGGGAGCUGAUGCUGGAAGCCUAGAGGGCCUGCUAGGGGACCCCAUAGCACCUUCAAAGGAGCUAUUUUAGCACAAAACCCCUUAUCCCUUCAGAAUCUGGUGGCUGCUGGGUGAUUCUUCCUCUCCUUAGCAGGGAUGGAGCAGAUGUCCUGUAGCAGGGUCCCAUUGUCCCCCAUGUCCCUGCUUGUGCCACCCCCCUCAGGGCGGAUGCCAAGGGCUGGCUCCAGCCAAAGCAGACACAGACCCAGCAACAUUUAUUACAUCCACCACAGACAGUGAGUACAGGACAGGGGAAACAAGAAGAGGGGGAUUACAGCUU